AUGUCUGUUGAACAACUUAUACCUGUAGUUAUUACUGGUCCUUCAGGUGCAGGAAAAGGAACUUUAAUUGAUAGAUUAAAAAAAGAAUUUGAAGGAUCAUUUGGAUUUUGUGUAUCACAUACAACACGUAAACCAAGAGAAGGAGAGGUAGAUGGAGUACACUAUUAUUUUACAGAUAAAGCAUCGAUUGAAAAAGAGAUUGCAGAAGACAAGUUUGUAGAGUCUGCCAAUGUACAUGGAAACUACUAUGGUACUUCAAAGAAAGCACUUCAAAACGUACUCGACAAGGGUAAAAUCUGUAUUUUAGAUAUCGAUGUUCAAGGUUGCGAAUCGGUCAAAAAGGCAAAGAUCCCUGCUAAAUUCAUUUUCAUAUCACCACCUUCUUAUGAGGAAUUGGAAAAGAGACUUCGUGGACGUGGUACCGAAAGCGAAGAAUCACUUCAAAAGAGAUUGACCAAUGCUCGCACUGAAAUGGGUUAUCUCGAUAAACCAGGUUUCUUUGAUAUUGUCAUUGUCAAUGACAACUUGGAAGAUUCCUACACUAAACUCCGUGAUAUCAUUUUACCUUAUAUUCAUUUCCAAAAAUCACUUGUUAGAAGCGAAUAA